CCAAUUCAAUCUGUGUGAGGCGAUUAUUUAUUCAACAGGACCAAACGAAGGUCGAUGAAUUUCAACUGAUUUCAAGCUUUAACACAAUAUUCUAAGAACUGAAUUUCAGGAUGUGAUUGAUUAUUCAUGGAAUCUUCAAUCAAGUUAUGGUUUCCAUUGACCCAGCUAAGUUUUCACUGAGGAAUAAGGGAGCAUGUUGUCUUAAAAAGCACACGGCUAGCAAGUCACACACCUAGUACAGUCGCUGAAAGCAAUCGCUUUGAAAACCCCUGAAAAAAAGCACGUUAGGUUAACCAAGACGCUACAAUUCUACAUCAUAAGCAGGUUAUUGUGAAAAAGAACUUCAUUCCUGGAAAGGGAUAAACCUUAUAACAGAUCAUGUCCGGUGGUGAAAGGGAGUGCUCUACUUCUCAAACCACAUCACAAGGCAGGCAGUUAUUCUCUGUUCAAGCUGACCUUCCAAAAAGAUCCCCUGUACCAGUGACAUCAAAUGGCAGCAGCAACAUCAUCAUACCAAACUUACAAGGUGACAAAUCAGAUGCACAGAUGGCCGCCCACACUGCUGUAAUGAGCAGCAAUCUCAGCCAACUCGCAGAGCUUGCUGCGAGUCAAACACCAAGCCAAAUGAUCAAGCACAUCCCAGUGCCUCAAUCCCAACCCCAAGGAACUAAUACACCAGGGUCUACAGGAACUAGGAUGAUAGUCCCUGGUCAGAGUGUGCCCUUUCCAUUUGGACCCCAGGUGCAGGCCUCCACUGGGAUGAUCCCUCCACCAUUCAUCAAAGGCUCCAUCAUCCAGUUGACUAGCGGGGAGCUGAAGAGAGUGGAAGACCUGACCACUGACGACUUUGUGCAUAGCACUGGUCUGUGUCCAGACCUAAAGUUAGAGACUAGUACGGUAGUGUCUGUUCGCAAGAAUGAUGAAGUUGGAAUGGCACUAGUGGGCUUUACAAUUACCAGCACAAAAGCACAGGUGACACUUUCUUGUGCUGUGGAGCAUCCAUUCUUUGUGUAUGGCCAAGGUUGGUCCUCAUGUGUUCCUGAGCAAUCCCUAAAGAAGUACAACCUCCAAUGUCAUCCACUGAAGGUUGGAGAUGUCUGUAUAUUCCUGACACCAAACCUCGCCCAGGCAGUGCUUUCGGUACCUGGAGUGACUCCUGGAAAUGGUAUCAGCCAGGGAUCUUCACUAGGUAUCCCAGAGCAGACCAUGCCUCAGAUGAUUUCCCAAAUUGCUCCUAGAAAUUCCCCCGGAAUGUCCAGCAGUCCCCUAGGAGUGAAGCAAGUCCAGGUGGUCGCUACUCAAGCGGCUAGCAGCCCUGUCCAGCCUGUGACUCCCCAGGUACGACCAGCGACCCCAACAACACCUGUCUCAAGCUCCGCAGUUCCUGGCAGUACCUUCACUGUCAUUGACCCUCAAGCACCCGGACAGAUGGGCUUCUUCCGUCCUCAUUUAAGUGGCCAGGCACUACAGCAAAUAAUAGGACCAGAUGGGAAACCUAUCCUUCCAUCUGGAAUCCCCUUUCCAAGCCAAGCAUUCUACCAACAGGUACCCGCAUCGCUCAUCUCUCAAGUGCCUGGUCAAAGUUUUGUUCAGGCACCGCCUGGUAGCCUACCUGGACAAACGUCAGUUGGUAAUGGGCUGCUCGUCACAACUUUAGGCUUCGUGCCUGGACAGCAUGGUAUGCCCAUGAGUCAGCAGGGAAUGAUUUAUGCAGCACACUUGUCGGAGAUGGCACAAAAGCAAGGCCAGGAAACGGUUGAAAGAGCUACAGAGGGUGGCCAUGAUGGCAAGACAGACACGUCUCCUGAAGCGAAAAGACCAAGAAUGGAUGUAAAUACAGAUGGCAAGUGCUAGGACCAGUCGUAUUAGUUAGUUAUGUUCAGUUCAUAAAGUCAACCACAAGGUGAAUAUAAAGCGGUCUUACUGUAGUCGUGUGUGCGCGCGCAUGUUGACGUGCUUGUGCUCACGGGCUCAGGCAACGGAUACUUCUUGGAAAAGCGAUGGCGGCAGGUUGAGUGAAUGGGUCUUCUCUUGUCUUAUGCGAUACACAUGUCAGAAAGCGCUACAUAUUGUUCAUUAUUCAAUCGUAACAUUAUGAUGCACACGUUUCAUGGCAUCAUUAUAUAUUAGAGUAAUAACUAAAAAAUAAGAGCAGUCCAGUUGUUUUGCUUUAUUUUGAAUUUUGAAAACUCUCAUCAUGUUGCAAAAUGAGACUAUUGAUAUUUAUUUAUCAUAGUUAUUAAGUUUUUUUUAUUAGGCGCUGACCAUGUGAUCUUUGAGGGUGGGUUGGGCCAAUUUUGCCUCGUGUAAAUAUAGUCAUAUCAGGAUAGUUUCGCAUUUUUUAUUUUUUUCCCGGCCAUUCGCUUACCCACCCUCAUAGAUCAGAUGAUUUCACAGUGUUUCAUACACUAUAAAUACAUACUUCUUACUAUUUAGAGUCUGAAAGCUCGAGAGGCGUCACUCGUGUCGGUCCUACGGAUUGUCAUGUCCUAAAAUAGGCAUCUGCAAUUGUUGUCCAAGGGAUGUUAAGAAAUUAGGGAUUCUUUUUUCGUUCUGUAAUAUUCCAUUGCUUUGAGCUGUGUUCGAGCAUUAGAUUGCCAAGCCCCAGACUAUAUGCAGGCCCAAAGCCAGGACAAAAAGGGGGGGAAGAACUGCCCCACUCAAAAAUCAGACACUGAGCUAUUAGAAACUGCCUAAGUAAACAAGUCGCCUCUCUAACAAACCUGGCUAUGCGCCUGCUAAGAUACAAUAAAGUUAUUGCAUGUUUACUGUUCUGGUAUCUAUACAUAGCGCUGUAGGUUUGGUAGCCAAAUUGUUGUAAAAAGUUAACUAUUCCAGUCGUUGAAUAAGAAAUCUGUCGAAUUAUCUGA